CUGGACUUUUCAGGAGCGAACGGAUUGGCGAAUCCACGCGAUUUUGAAACGCCCGUAGCAUGGUUUGAGGACGUUGAUUUACCCUUCGAGAUUUACAACAAAUAUCAGGGAUCAUUCUUCGUUGCAGAACAGGAUCACUCUCCGUUCGAUGUGGUUGGAUGGCAUGGUAACUACGCUCCGUACAAAUACGAUCUGCGCAAGUUCAACGUCAUUAACACCGUCUCAUUCGAUCAUUGCGAUCCGUCGAUUUUCACAGUGCUCACGGCGCCGUCAACAAAACCCGGCACAGCAAUCGCGGAUUUCGUGAUUUUCCCUCCAAGAUGGGGCGUCGCUGAGGACACUUUCAGACCUCCUUACUACCACAGUAAGUGUAUUUCGCCUCCUUAUUCUCCUUGA